AAUUUGAUAUGAAAGAAACAAAAACACAAAAAAUCUUGAUUCUCUUGUCAUUAUUGCAUAUUGUUUGGUUCCAUGAAUCAACUUUAAUAUAAAAUCAAAAUAAGUUUUAUAGUUUUAUUACAUAAUUUUUAAGGCCCAAGCCCAACUCAAGCCCAAUUUACAAACCGAAACGAAACGAUUAUAAUUUAUAGAUAAUGGCCCAUGAAAAUCACACGUGUCAAAUUCUUACAAAGGUUUCGACAAAAACAGUUAUGGCGGCGGUUACAACAGUACGACUUUCGCCGCCAUUUUCAGUGUCACUCCCACCAAUUCUCCGACGUACUCAAAUCCGAAAAAUCUCCACCUCAAUCCGUUUCACCAUGGAUUCUCAGACCAACCACCCCAAACGAAUCGUCGUAUGCGGCGGCGGAGUCAUCGGAGUAUGCACAGCUUACUUCCUAGCCAAAAACGGCGCCGCCGUAACCCUCGUCGAGAAAUCCUCAAUAGCCGGCGCCGCCUCAGGUAAAGCCGGAGGAUUUCUCGCCCUCGACUGGUGCGACGGCGGACCCGUCUCUUCUCUCGCCCGAGCUAGCUUCAAUCUCCACCGUUCGCUCUCCGAAGAACUCGAUGGCCCCAAAUCGUACGGAUACAGAACCCUAGACACUCUCAGUCUCACUAUCUCCGAAACCCUAAACGAAAAUCCUCCCUCCUCCGGUUCUCGAUCCUCCAAAUUACCGUCGUGGAUCGACGGGAGUACAGCUCGGAGCCCAAGAACGAUUGGGACAGUGGAAACCACGGCUCAGGUUCAUCCCCAACUCUUCGCGAGGACAUUGAUUUCGAAAGCGGUGGAGAGUUACGGCGUUGAGAUUGUGAUUGGGAAGGUAGAACGAGUUGAGUUGGAGGAGAAGGAAGAAGGACGAGUUAACUCGGUGGUUCUUGAAGGUGGAAGAGUGAUUGAGUCGAACGCCGUCGUUUUGGCACUCGGACCAUGGAGUGGGAAAUUUGAGCUUUUAUCUUGUUUGUUUAGGGUUUCUGGUUUGAAAGCUCAUAGCAUUGUUUUGGAGCCUAAAGAGCCUGGUUUGAUAACUCCUCAUGCUCUUUUCUUAAGCUAUUAUCCUUCUAAUGGUGGAAAGCCAUUGGACCCAGAAGUUUAUCCUCGUCCAACAGGGGAGGUGUACAUAUGUGGAAUGUCAGCAGAGGAGGAUGUUCCCGAAGACCCGGAACAGAUCAUAGGCAAACCUGAAUCGAUACAGGCACUUAAGCGAGUGGCCAGCAGUGUUUCGAGUCAUCUAAGGGAAGGAGAGGCCCGAGUGAAAGCUGAGCAAGCUUGCUUUCUCCCAUGCACAGACGACGGACUCCCCAUAAUUGGGGAGUUGCCUGGGAUCAACGGUUGCUACGUUGCCACGGGACAUAGUUGUUGGGGAAUUCUGAAUGGUCCAGCCACUGGUGCAGCCAUGGCCGAGCUUGUGCUUAAAGGGCGUGCUGCCAUUGUUGAUCUCAGUCCAUUUAACCCGGCCAGGUUUGUAAAACGGACUAAGCGUUAAGGACUCAUAAAUUGGAUUAAUUUUUAAGCGUAUUAAAUAAUCAAUCAUGUUUAUUGCAAGAUUAAUUUCUUUAAUCAGUCCAUUCAACAAAUUUUUGCAUUAUAUUCGCGUUGCUCAGGACAGGUAAUGAUUUUGAUUUAACACGUUAUAUGAUUUUUGUACCAAAGUAGGCGAUAAUUUAUUUUGUAGUAACCUAAGUGUUGUUAAUCUAUUCAGGUUAUAAAUUUUAACAAAUCUAUUCUGUAUUUUUCAUCAAAUACUCCUGAGGAAACAAAGAAACUCUUUGCAGAAGCAUUGAAUAUGAGAAUAACAGAGGCUAUAGAAAAGUAUUUGGGUCUCCCCAUGAUAGGAGGGAAAAACAAAAAUGCUAUUUUCAGACCAAUUAAGGAUAAAAUAUGGAAAAAGCUAAAUGAAUAUCAAGCCAAACUAUUCUCACAAGGGGGUAAAGAGAUCCUAGUGAAAGCAGUAGUCCAAGCAAUGCCUACUUAUCAAAUGGCAUGCUUUAAAAUUCCGGAAGGCAUUGGAGAAGAGAUAGAAAGAUUAAUAGCACGUUAUUGGUGGGGCUCAGUUGAUAAUAAGCAAAAAGUCCAUUGGAGGGCCUGGCAUAAGAUUUGUAAACCAAAGACUGAUGGCGGUUUGGGUUUUAGACGUUUUAGUCAGUAUAAUCAAGCUCUUUUGGCCAAGCAAGCAUGGCGCAUAUUAAUGAACCCAUCAUCAAUUCUGGCACAAGUUAUGAAAGCAAGAUAUUUUAGAUUAUCUAACAUCCUAGAGGCAGACAAGGGUUCCUAUCCCUCAUCAACGUGGCAAGGAAUCUUAUGGGGAAGAGAUCUAUUAUUAAAAGGGCUACGACGAAGUAUUGGCAAUGGUAUGAAUACUAGGACCUUUAGAGAUCCUUGGUUGCCCAGACCUCCUUCGUUUAUUCCAAGUUCGCGCCCUGCGUAUGAGGUGGCAAGAGUGUCAGAUAUUAUAGAGUCUCCAGGAAAAUGGAAUAAUGAGGUAGUCAAUCAAUAUUUCAAUAUAGCUGACGCAAAUUGUAUUCUUUCCAUACCAUUAAGCUUGUUUAAUCAUGAGGACUCAUGGUUCUGGCACUAUACAAAUCAUGGUAGUUACUCUGUGGGGAGUGGGUACAAUCUUGCAAUGACUGUAGAUAAGUUUCAACCUUCUUCUGCUAGUGAUGUGUUCUCAUUGUGGUGGAAACAAUUCUGGGGGUUGAAAAUCCCAAGGAAAAUUUUACAUUUUGCGUGGAGGGGUUACCAAGAGAUUCUACCAACGCGAAAUGGAUUGUUUAGACGAAAUAUCGCAUCUAGCACCUCUUGCCAGUUAUGUGGGUUUGGAGGAGAGUCGAAUGCUCAUGCAAUUUUCUGGUGUCCUGUUGCACAAGGCAUUUGGAAUCUUAUGGAAUUCUCUUUUCUACAUGAAGUAAAAGAAGAGAUUGAUUUUAAGAAUGUUUUACUUUAUGCUUCUGAGGUAGUGGACAGAGAAGCUUUUGCAAAAUUCAUUAUCUGUUCGUGGGCAAUAUGGACUGAAAGGAAUAAGAUUACUCAUGGUCAACAAAUAAGACAACCACAGUUUGUGGUUGAGUGGAUAAGUAGUUAUUACGAGUCGAUACUUUUAAUGAAGGAGGGCCCCAAAAAAAGCUCCCAAGCUAAUGGAAGAAAUAGGGAAGCGUCAGCUGGAAGUUCUACAAGUGCUCAAGAACAGAGGUUAUACUCUAAACUUAUGGUGGAUGCAGCUGUAUUGAGCACCACGAGUAUAGUUGGAUUAGGUGCGGUGGUAUUCUCAGAAGAUAAUAGAGUUCACGCAGCGUUAAGUAAACCACUCAAAGGUUAGUCAUAUUAGGUAUUUUAAAUAUUAUUUUGUUACGAACUUUAUUAGUGUUAUAAUUCCAAAAGAAAUGUUGAUCGUUCAGGUAUGGGUGAAUAAUAAAGAUCUUGUAAUUUCUAGAUUUCAAAUAGGAAUAAUUAGGUCUAGGAAGGAAUAACAAAGCAAAGGUGAUUACGAAGCAAAAUACAUAAGUUAAGUUACAACUAGCCAAAGGGUCUCCCUUUGGCUAGUUAAAGUAAAUCAUAGGGGGACGUAGUUAAUUUUUUGGAUUUAAGUGUUCAAUCAGAUUGGUAAUUUUCUAAUUACAAUUUUGUGGUCUGAUGUUGUUUCAGGUGGAAUUUCAGUGUUACAAGCUGAAACGUUAGCCCUGUUGGUUGGUCUUAAUUGGGCUCAUGUGUGUGGUCUUCAAAUUCAUGCAGUUUAUUCUGAUUCGUUAGCUUUGGUGACGGCCAUUAACAAAGGGAAGAAGUAUUUCAACGAGCUAGGAGCAUUGUUUGAAGAUGUUAUAGCUUUAUUGUCUAAAUUCCCGGGGGCAGUUUUGUCCCAUGUGGCUCGCUCUGAGAAUUUAGCGGCCCAUGGCUUGGCAAAGCAUGCUCUGCGGUUAGACGAUGAGCUAUCCUGGUUCGAGGAGGUCCCAGCGCCGGUGGCGGACGUGAGCGUCGUAAAUUCAUGAGUGAUUUUAAUUACUUUGUCAAAAAAAAAAAAAAAAAAAGUGUAACAAAAUUUGACAGUAUAACUAUUGUACAUUGUGAAUAAUUCAUAAUUAUUUUUAAUUAGCUGAACAAUUGUGAGGGCAUAAUUAUACUUAUGACAAACAAAAA